AUGCUUGCCAAACUCGAAGGAAAGGUCUUCCUCCCUGACAAGGAUGUCGUCUUCAAGCAGAUUAUUCGUAGACCCGUUUUGGUCAUGGGCCGAUCUGAUCAAGCCACCACCGCCACACAUCCUUUCAAACCUGCAAAGGAAGGUGUCAACGUCGGUCUCGGCGUUUCCAACAAACUCUCUCGCUCUCAUGCCCGCAUUGAAGUUGACUCGCAGACGAAGCAAUUUUAUAUUCACUGUUUAGGUAGAAACGGUCUCACAGUUACAGAACCCGAUGACGAUGCUACUGAAAUCCGUCUCACUCCUAAUUCAAAACCCCAUCUUCUCGUCUCGAAAAGCGUCAUCAAACUCGCAGACUGCGUCCUCGUUUUCACCCUCCCGGCAGAGAUGGUCAAACAGGCUAUGCCAACUAGCUCGAAGAAGAGAAAACGACGUGCUUGGAUCAAGGCAGAGUUUCUUGCACUCAGGGCUCAAAUGAUGCGUCUGGGCUAUGGUCGCUGGGAAGAUAUCAUCGCAAUCACAAAUGGCCGAUUGGGAGAGCGUCAACCGUCUGAGCUCGUUCCUGUCGCACGCGAAUUUGUCGCCAAAUGUUAUGUCCACGCUCGUCCAGGUGUCGAGCAGAAGGCUCUUAUGGAGAUCUUGAGGGAGGAUCCCAUCAGCAGGCACCUUUCCGAGGAGGACGUCGUCGCCGAUGUCAAUCGACUUGUCGUAGAAGCUAAGCGCACCGCUCUGCCUGACGAAAAGCGAAAAUUCGUUCGCUGGGCCAGGAAACUUCGUUUACUCAGCCGUUUGCGCGAUGUCCACGACCAUCCUUCCCUUCAGCGUUUGCGUGCUGGCGAGCUCCGAGUCUUUACUCCGCCGCCUGCAUUGUACUGGACGUCUGCCGAUGAUGCCGAUUUAAUUCUUGGCUCGUUCAAACACGGUUAUGGAGUGACGGAUGCGAUUCGCAGCGACCCCGACCUCGGCUUUCAUGGCCGCUACAAGAAGGCGUUAAACGCAAAGAAGAAUGGAACUCCGACGAAAGCACUGAAAGCAACCGACGCAUCGCAUGGGUCGGAGGAGGACAACGAUGACGAUGAGGACGCUGAUGAGGAUGAAGAUGAGAAGAUUAGCGACGACAUGGACGAGGAGGCUGGUCACGAAAGUGGUGCGCAUCAUCCAAGAAAGAGACUCAAGCUCGGAGACAGUUCCUCGAAGAAGGAAAGUGUCAAGGGUGAAGAUUCUGCGGACAAUGGCCUCGACGAUUCGGAUAUGUCACCAGAAAGGACGCCGGAGGACAAGAUGGAUGAUGACUUCGAGAAUAGCAACGAGAAAGACAGUGCACCAGCCGCUGCCGCCGUUGAGAAGCCGAAGAAAAAAAUUGUUCGUCUUGUUCCGAAGCGUGGUCCUCGAAUCGGCAACGAGGAUGGCUUCAACGACCCGGAGGAUGCCAAAGUGGCGAGGGAAAAAAUGGCGGAUGAGGACGGGCUGGUUCCAUUUCCGAGCAGCGAGUCAUUAAUGAGGCGUCUGAAGUCAAUCAUUAACUCGUGUGCUAAGGAAUAUGACCGGGAUCAAAGGGAGUUGAAGAAGAAGAAACUCGCUGCUUCAAGAGCCAAGCAGAGGAGGGAUGACCUCGUUGCAAGGAAGGCCGCAAAGGAAUUACAGAGGAUUCGCCAACGUGCAGCACGUCGAGUUGCAAGAUCACAGCCGUUUUCCAAGAAAGAAGCGGUUGAGUUUGAAAGAGCGCUCGCCAACUUUGGGGUUGAAUACGAGUCAGACGGUAGGUCGGUUGACUGGGAUUGGUUCAAUACAAAAGUUGACGCAUUCGAGCAAAAGUAUGAGGAAACUCUUGAAGCUGCUUACUUGGAGCUGCUUGGGGAAGCUCACCGCAUCUCCAAUCUUGCCGCAGCAAAGGAGGAAGAGGACUACGAACGGGUGGACCGUAUCAACGAAGGCAAGAAGGCGUCUACUGUCUUCAGCACGCUAACAGUUGAGCGUGCAGAGCGGUUGAUCGAGCGACUUCAGUUUUUCCGAGUCUUGCGUGGUGAAGUCCUUACCCACAAGAAGCUCAACUCGAUCCUGCGAGGUUUCAAGAAGACAAGAGACCUACCGCUGUGGUGGAAGAGCUGCCACGACCGUUCUCUGUUGCUUGGAGUAGAUAGGCACGGGUUGAACGGGUGGGACUAUAUGGCUGUUGAUAGUGAGUUGCAAUUUGCAAGCUCAAUGAAGGCUUGGCAGCGGAAAAAUGGAAACGACGUCAAGUCGUUGAAAAGGGCGGCGAUGCCUAAGCCGGCGUCUGGUAUCAAGCGUGCUUUCGCGCUCGUGAGGUAUUUCUGCUCCCGGGCGAAUGACCCGCACUUUGAGCAGUACACGCGCGAUGACGAUAUGGGGGUUGGCAACGGGGAAUCCCUUUCUCAGGCGGCCCCUACUGCCAAGGAAGAGAAGGCAGAAGUGAAAUUGGAACCCGUGGAGGAAAAACCGAAUUUUUCACUUCUUCGUCGCGGCGUUGAUGAGGCUGGGAAACUGAAGAGGAAGGUAGAAGCACUGUACCCUUCUGCUCCGACAGGAAGACCUCGGACGUUAAGGCCGACGAUUGUGGACAUCAAGCGAGAUAGUGAUGGGCGACUCUGUUUGCCUAAAGACCUAGGGGAUGGGCUGUUUCUAAUUGAGCUGGGAGAAAUUCGAAAGAACGCGCCAGCGUUUUGCCGAAACGGAAUUGUGUAUCCCGCCGGGUUUAAGACUAUUCGGCAGUUAGGGCAUUAUGUGUUCCUGAAUGAGAUUUUGGAAUCUGAAGACGGUUUAAAGCCGGUAUUCCAAGUGAGCGAGCUUCAGGGCUUUAACUCCAUGGCUCAAGAUGUGGAGUACAUGUGGGAAGGCAGGAAAGUGGUUGGGAAGAGCACGAAUAUGUACGCGCUGUGGUUGCGAAUUGUGAAUCAGUAUGCGAAAGACGUAGCAGUGGGUGAGCGAAUCGGUUUAUCAUCUGCUCCUGAGCGUUUUGGUCUGUACGAGUCAACAAUUGUGUACCUGAUCCAAGGGCUCCCCGGUGCAAAGGAAGUUGACGGGUUCGAGUUGCGUGAUUUCAGCCGCCGCGGAGAAGGUCGCAAAGUGGAAGCUACUAUCGGGAUUGUAGGGGGCAUGCUCAAGGCAAUUGAAAGCAAGCUAGAAAACCCUGAGGUGAUCCGCAACUUCGAAGCGGUGAUGACGGGGGCAGACGAAGGUCCGCGCGGGAGGCCCGUGUUGGCUUCAGAAGCGGAAAUGAGCAUACCAGUUGAUUGGAUGGAACGGUACGGAGGGAACAGCAAGAAGAAGACGCGCAGAAAGUCGGUAACCUACUGGGGGACAUAAUGGAGGACGUUGGAAUGACAUGGCGGUGUGGAUGAUGUGUGUACAUUUGUAUAGCUCUAAAAACUUAUAUUGACUAACCUGGAAAGUAAAUGAACGGCGCUGGUGCGUGGCGGUGUUUUUGAAGA